GCCUCCGCUGCUUCAGGAUGGUGCCACCCUGCUCCCGGACUGCCCUGCACUUCUUCGCCCUGGCGGUCGCUCUCUGUCUGAGUGCGGUGUCAGCAGGCAUGGACGGCGAGAGAGACGCUUGGGAGAAGCCCGGCUGCCACAGAGUUGGGCACACGCGGAAGAUCAGCAUCCCGGACUGCAUCGAGUUCCCCAUCACGACGAACGCGUGCCGCGGCUUCUGCGAGUCGUGGUCCGUGCCGUCGGCGCUCAACACGCUGCGCGUCAACCCACACCAGGCCAUCACCAGCAUCGGGCAGUGCUGCAACAUCAUGGAGACGGAAGACGUGGAGGUCCGUGUGAUGUGUCUCGACGGGCCCCGAGAUUUGGUGUUCAAGUCGGCAAAGAGCUGCCAAUGCUACCACUGCAAGAAGGAUUAAUGACGUAGGCUCUCCCGCAUCGCUACCAGCGGUUCUUGACGUCUCCCAGUCACCAGGAUCCACAGUUACUCCCAGCUGGCGACUGAUUUAAUUGCGUCAAUAGUUACUAAAUUUAUUCCUCAAGACGACAUUAGUUCAACGAUAGUUUAUAAAGCAGAAAGAUUUUAGUGGUUGCUGUAACCAUUAUUUCAGUUAAAUUCUGUUCACUAUUGUUAUAUCGUAAAUUAACUUCGAUAGGACUGUUUAUAAUCUUCUCACGUCAUCAUUUUCAAUUAAUCUGUCUGAGUGUAAUAGUAGACUGUUACACAAUUAAGACUUAGUAAACCAUAAUAAUACAUAGUACAGUGCCAUUCUGUAGAAAUUACUUAUUCUCUAUUCUGAAGACGACCUUUUUGCUCUAACAUGACUUGGAGGCGUCAAGAAAAUUUUUGCGUGUUGUAUUAUUUCCGUAGAAUAGCUCCAACUGAACUUCCAGUGAAUCAUAUAAUGUAAUACCACGUAACAAUUAGAACUAACGUAGCUUUGCAAUGCCUCAUUAUUUUAACUUCUCAGGGAUUGUGUUCCAAUGUAACAGAACACUGUAUCUUAAUUUAAGUAUGCUUGAGAUCUAAUAAAAUGUGCAAUGAUGCAGAUUUUUGUCUUCUCAACAAAAGAUGAAACGAUACUGUGUCUAAUAUUUUUCUGUUCCCAUGAAUUUAUCUCCUUUCUAACACAUCGCCAUAUCUUGGUGCCAGUUUCCCCUUGACACCACGGAACGGUACUGAGGAGUAACAACACUUCGUCUCUUCAGACAAAGAUUGUAUUAUUUAAGCCUUGUACCAAAUGUUAUUUCUCAUCUAUAAUCUCGAGCGCUCGAGUACAAGGUUAUGCAAUAUAUCUAUCUGAUUAA